AUGGCGCCCUAUAUUUCGCCCGAAUGGCUCACACUUGAAAAGGAGAUGGGGGAACGGCCACUAUUGUCUGGUAGCUUCGAGACAUACCAGAGAAACGCAAAGUUGAUUGAGGAAUAUAUUGCUGCUCAUUUGCCAGCUAGAAACGACGAUCAAGAUAGGAAGACCAACACCGAUAUAACAGUCCGCGUCUAUACUCCUAUAAACGUCAAUGAACAGCUGCCGAUCGGCAUCUAUUGUCAUGAAGGUGGGUUUUGUGAAGGAACCCUUGAGACAGGGGAUCCAUUGUGUAGGAGCGUUGCAGAGGACCUCCCAUGUAUCAUCAUUUCUUUGGAUUACCGGAAGGCCCCCAAGGUUCCAAUCCAGACUGUCUUUCAAGAUGCAUUGGACGGGUUUAUUUGGACGUACGAACAUGCAGCAAGCUUGGGUGGAGAUCAAAACAAGAUCUUCAUGUUCGGUUGCUCUGCUGGUGGCUCGUUAUCACUAGGUACAGCUCACAAGCUCAUCGAGCUUGGUCGGAAAGGGCAGCUGAAAGCCGUCCUAAACCUGGCUGGCGGAACCGUCCAUCCGGACAAUGUGCCGGAGAAGCUUCGAUCACUGUACCGUGCCAUGGACGAAAAUGCUGAGGGGGUACCAAUAAUCGAUAGAGAUGCGGCACAAAUUAUCAAUAAUGUUGCCGGCCUCAACGCGGCUGCAAACGACCCGUGGAUAUUUCCCGUGCUUUCCAGGCACUUAGCAGACUUCCCCUCUACGUAUCUCGCAUCUUGCGGCGCCGAUCCUUUAAGAGAUGACAACGUGGUAUUGGAGUCGCUGUUGAAGAAGGAAGGGGUUACCGUAUCUUCGGACAUGUACCCAGGGAUGCCUCAUCUUUUUUGGAAUUUUCCUACUCUGGAAAGCUCCAAGUUGUUUGUCCAAAAUCUUGUGGGUCAAAUAAGGUCGCUGCUCGACUGA